AUGUUACCGGCUGGAGACACAGACGGUACGAGCACCGUGCUGGCAGGCGGUCCGUCUCCGACCUCUGCUGCUGCUGGGGGGCAGGCGGUGGAUGGCGGUAACAGCGCCGCGGCACGUGAGAUCAACUUUAUGCCUAUCAUGUGCGCCCGCUAUCUCCGCCCAGUGGGACUCACCCCUGCUGCACGAUGGGGCCACACGCUGACCCCCAUCACGCCGGACACGAUGCUGCUCUUUGGCGGUAUCGGUGGCAACGACGCGGACACGGGGUCGCUCAUCUCCUUCAACCCGACCACCAUCGCGUGGGAACCUCUCUACGCCAUGACCGACACCCCCGCUGCCCGCCACAGCCACGCCGCCUGUGCGUACGACAGCCGAUACCUCGUCAUCAGCGGCGGCGUGGCCCAAAACGGCGGUCGCGUGCUGGACGAUAUGCAUCUCUACGACACCUACACCCACCACUGGCGGUGUGUGUGGAGUGGGGAGCGGGACGGGUCGCCACAGAACCGUAGUGAACCAGGGCCGCGAUUUGGCCACAGCAUCGUCCUUCACGAGGAUCGCCUGUUUCUGUACGGAGGCAAGACGGUGGCCACUGACGAGGCCGGCAGAGCUGGAGGGCGGCGUCGCGGAUCGACGACGAACUCGCCAUCAAAGGCGGCAGGGAGUAGCGCCACCUCCGUCGCCACUGCUGCUGCGGCCGUACUUGCCAGCGGGAGUGACGUGCAUGUCUUCUCGCUCAACAGCUUCCGCUGGCGUCGUCGCUUGCACUGCGGCAAGGCGAGACGCGUUUCAUCUGUUUCGGCUGAUGCGGCUGGUGUUGUCGCAAGCACCGCAGACCCCAACGUCUCUGGCGAAGAGCAGGGGGGCCGGGCUGGGCUACCGCCUCGGCCAGAUGCCCGUGCCCACCACGCGGCGUGUGUGCGUGGCACCACGAUGUUCAUUAACGGCGGCGCGGGCGCCGCUGGAGUGCUGACGGACACGUGGGCCGUGGAGUUGACCACUGGCGUCUGGCGCUGCAUUCACCGCGGCGGCACCGCAGACGCCGUCCCGCGCGAGAAGCACGCGCUGUUUGCGUGUGGCGAGGCGCUGCUGCUCGUUGGCGGCUGCAGCAGCGGCGGUGACCUCAACGAGCGUAUUACCGGCAAAUUUACGAACUUCGCUGUGGUACUGCCUCUCGUGGGCAUUGCGGUGGAGACGCCGUGUUGGAUUCCAGUGGCGAUGGGCAACGUCUCCAUCGUGUCGCCCAACAAGAAAGGCUUUGCGGCGGCGCUGAGCGGGGGGUUUGUGUAUGUCUUCGGGGGCGUGUGCGGAGCGGAGCCAGCGACGAACACCACGAUUCGCUUUCUCGCCGCGGACGGCUGCAUCUCGGAGAACGACCAGCUUGUGCCGCAGGUGGGUGGUGGUGGUGGGGCUACUAGCGCUGCCGCGGCGGCUGGUGCGCAGCAACUGCGGCUGAUGCUGCAGCAGCUCCGUGAGCAGCAGCGCGGCACGCCGUACGACACGUACGCGUACGCCGGCACAUACGGUAGCGUCACAGACAUAGCGAGCGUGAUGGCGCAGUUGCCUGCACCGGGGGCAGGGGUGCUGUCCGAAGAUGGACGGAGUAUUUCCCACCCGAUGAAUAAUCAUAGCAUCAGCAACCACAACAACUCUGUGGAGGCUCACGCAAGCGGGGCUGACCUUGCAGUUGUCGGGUUGCACCGCGCCAUCGUGCAGCAGCGCGCCCCGCUCUUCAUGCGCGAACUCGAGCAGUGUCGCAGCGAUCUUUACCGCGGUGCGAGCGGCGCCGGUGCAGGCUCGGUGAACAACACGCCUGAAAAGCCAAAGAGAUCGGCGCAAGCCGCCAGCAUCCCCAACAACCCGAGCAAUGACGCUUCUGGCGACGAGGUGGACGCGCUGCUUCGCGAGUUUGGCGGUGGUGGUGGUGCUUCUGCUGCUCCGCCAAAUAUUAACGUCACACCAUCGAAAGGCGAGGGCAAGGAUAGUCGCAGCCGUGAUGGCGGUGCCGCUGCGACGGAAGGCCUCCCCGUGUACUUCACAAACGGCACCGCGCGUGUGUCCGGCCUCACGCAACCCCUCACCGCGGAGGCCCUUCAGUGUCUCACGGAUUACAUCUACUGGGGCGGACUGAGGGGAAAGUAUCGCGUGCUGCUCGAGGAGGAGAAGGACGAGGCGGAGGGCGGUGGUGGUGGCAGCAACAGUACCGCAGCGGCAGGAGGUGGCGGUGCGGGAAACUUCUCCUCGGAGUACCGCAAUCAGCUCGUGCAGACACUGCAAACUGUCAAGGCUGCUGCCGUGACGUACACGUUGGACCCGCUGCAGGAGUUGUGUGCGAGUCUGUUGUCUGGCAACCGAGAGGCGAUGCAUGUAGCGCGACAACGCUGCGGUGAGCAGCUACGCGCCGACCUCGCGGCUCUCCUCAACUCGCCCGCCAACGCCAACACCACGAUGUUGGUGGUUGACCCGCACACAAAAGCCCAGGCAGCGCAUGUGCUGCAUUCCAGCGUGCUCAUGGCCGCGAGCGGGCUCUUCGCGGAGCUCCUUCGUCCGCUGUACCGCGCCAGUGGCGGCUGUGGCAACAGCAAGGCCUCGAAUCAGGUGGGCCCGCUGGCGGCGAAACUCAGCGCGACGGCGGCGCAGUCGCCCACGACGCUUCUCACCAGCACGUCGAAACGAACGGUGCUGAUCGGGCCGGUGCCACUCCCUCUCCCUGCCGUGCGGCCUAUCCUUCGCUACCUGUACACGCAAGAGCUGCAGGUGUCUGGCGAGCUCGCCUUCGAGGUGAUGCUCGGUGCGCAUCAGCUGCGCCUGACGGAGCUGCAGUCGCUCUGCGAGGCUGUCGUGGCACGGGAGGAGGUGAACUACCAGACCUGCUGCACCUUCUACUACCUCUCUCGCAAGUAUCAGGCGUCUUUGCUAGAAGAGAUUGCCCUUCUCACAGCUGUUUCUGGUUUUGCAUCGGUGCGAUACACGGCUGCCUACCAAUCCUUGUCCGACGAAGAAAAGCAGAACAUUGAUGCUGUGGCCGCCGAAUUGGGUUCAUCGAGCUGGGUGCCACCGACGCAACUCACUCAGGAAAUCAAAUCGAAGGCUGUGUACGCCGCGCGCUGGAACUCUUCGGCCCCUAUGUAG